AUGAAGAUAGAGACGACUAGUUUAGUGUCAUUCAGUCCAGUAGGCUCGCUGGCCGCGCUGGGAACAAAAGCAAAGAUAUUGAACAGUGAUUUUUCAUCAAACUCGGUUCUUCAGAUAAGAAGCACAGACACAGAAGAGAUUUUAUUCAGCAAGACAGUGCCCACGCGAUUCAACAGGCUCGAGUGGGGGAUGUAUGGAGACAGGAUAUUCGUAGCUGGAGGAUUGGAUGCAGGAAAUGUAACGCUGUGGGAUGCAACAUCCCUCCUGGAAGGAAACAAAGAAGAGCCAAAGGAGCUCAUUUUCAAGAACCACGUAAAAACAGACGACGACAUACUCGGGAUAGACUUUGCAGGAGGCAUGCCUGUUCUGACCACAGGGUCGUAUUCAGGUAAAAUAAUGUUGUGGAACCUAAGAACCCUUGACAAGCCUCUCUCUCCAGGAAUAACGACAAAGUUUGAAGGAAUAAGCUGUCUGCAGUGGAAUAAAAACAUGCCGCAAAUAAUGGCCGUGGGAACAAUAGACGGAAUGGUGAGCAUUUUGGAUCUCAGAGGGAAAAGCGAAGUGACGAGAAUUGCAGACCCGUACUUCUCAAAAUCAGAGAUAACCUCGCUGCAGUGGGACCCAAACCCAAGCAGCGCGCAGCUGGCAGUGUCAUCCAGCGCCCAAAACUCCGUUAUCCUGUACGACCUGAGAAUAUCCAGAGGCACGCCCAGACUCGAAGGACACACAGAAGGGAUCCUCAACUGCAAGUGGUCGAGACACGACCCCUCACUGAUUGUUACGUGUGGAAGAGACAGCUCAGUGAUAGCAUGGGAUGCAAAUACGUACAAAAAAAGAGGAGUGAUCGUGCACGACUCUACUUUUGACUUUGCGUUUAGCCCUGAGAACCCUGAUAUGAUAGCGUACUCCUCUUACAAUGGGCGCGUAGUCUUUGACACGCUCACUUCCCUUAACGCAAGAUCGCCUUUCCUUGACAAAGUGCCUAAGUGGCAGAAGCAGGGCCCUGGGAUGUGCUUUACCAGCCACGGGCUCUUUGUCUCCGAGGGAAAAGGCCCGAGGCUGAGAAAGUGGAUUGAAAACGUGGAUAAAACAUCGUACGAGUGGAAGAUACUUGAUGCAUACGAGAAAGAGCACCCGAGACGGGAAAUACUGAAAAUACUCAACUCAUCAGAGGAGAAGAGCCCGAUUCUGGAGCACACAGAGGAGGUGCAGGAGACAGAAAUUAAAAUAGAUGAAAGCGACCCAAUAACAGAGAAGCUUAUCCGGGGAGACUUUUCCUCCGCUUUUUCGCUCGCUCUGAAGGAGAACGCGCACCUCGCAGCCCUCAUUGCGCUGUGCGACGGAGAAAGCGUCCUGAAAAGAGAAAAGAACAGAAUACUCAGCGCGCCAGGGGCAUCAUCCAGCUUUUUGCUUGUGAUGUCUAUUUUAUCUGGAGACUACAGCGGGCUUAUUAAGAAUAAUGUGGACUGGACAGUGAUUGUGAAAAUACUCGGCAGCCACUGCACAGAUGAAGAGUUCAUCCCGAAGGUAAAGGCAGUUGCAGAGUGUCUGGAAAAGAGCAGCCCUGAAACAGCAAAGAUCUGCUAUCUGAUCUCGAAAGACGUGCAAAAGUACCAGGAGAUCGAAGAGAAAAAGGCAGAAAAAGCAAAGACAGUCUUUGAAUCGGUUAAAUUUAUCAACAAUUUUGAAAAAGUCUUCUCGAUUCUUGAAAGAGCAACCUCAGUGAUGAACGCAAAGAUAUCCCUGGACAAGCACGCAGUGGAGUAUUUAAAGCACCUUGUGAAGAAGGGAGAAAAAGAAAGAGUCCUCACAUUCAUAAAGUCUCUUGACCAAAAGUCAGCAGAAGAAGUUGCAGCAGAGCUGGGCCUUCCAAGCCACCAGGCACAGAAGAAGCAGGAUAUGCAGCCCCACCAGCAAAUGAACAAAAUGAGCAUGGGAAUGAAUAUGUUCCCGCCGCACACAAAUCAGCAGAAGCCCAGCAGUGCAAUGCCGUUUAACAGCAUGAAUAGCAGUGCAGCGAGUGGAAUGGGAAAUAACCCAGCUAACCGCGGCAUUUAUUCGCCCGGAGUGUUCCAGACCCCCCAGCAGCCAGCCUCCUACAGACAGACAAUGCCUGGAAUGCCCCCCCGGGGAAACCAAAGCGAAUUGCACAGCAAAUCAUUCUACACGCAGAAUGCCAGCCCAAGCCCUGUGUCUACAGCAGCAACGCCAAGCAUAGGAGGGAGAGUAGGCCCCAAGAUAUCAUUUGCUAAAACCCCGGUAUCUGAGAAUCCACUGAACAAAGUGCAAACUCCAAGCAGUGCAAUGGGAUACAGCGCCCCGAAUGUCUACACGCCCCAGGGAAUGCCAAGUGCAAUGCCCUUCCAAAACAGCAGCAUACCCCCGCAGAAACCAAUGGGAGUAAGCACACCCAGAAUGCCAAGUAUGCCAGCCAUGAAUAAAUCGGCUAUGCCCAGUAUGUCUGGUACCAUGAGUAGUGGUGCUAUGCCAAGUAUGCCAACCAUGAAUAGCAAUGCAAUGCCCAGUAUGCCUAGCAGUAUGAGCAGUGGAUCAAUGAACAAACCAUUUAUGCCAACUAUGCCCAGUAUGAAUAGCAAUAUGAACAGUGGAACAAUGAACAAACCAUUUAUGCCAACUAUGCCAACUAUGCCCAGCAAUAUGAGCAGUGGAGCAAUGAACAGUAAUGCUAUGCCUGGUGGUAGUAUGCCUAUGCGCACUUCAUCUGGGCUUAUGUCUGGACAGGGGACAGGAAAUAGUACACCCUUCCCUACAUCAGCACACGGCAGUAGAUUCGGUACGCCCUUCCCAGGAGGAAACACCCAGGGGAUGAUGGAGCACGGGGGCACCCCAGGAAUGCGAGCGUCUGGCGCUCCCAUGCACGGGGCUUUUGGGGGACACGGCAUGGCCCAGCCUGGCAGGCCUGCAGAGAUUGUAGUCACGCCUGAAAUGGAGGAAACAUACAACGGAAUAUCAAAGCUGAUUGAUAGCCUAACAGGAAUAAUCAAUAACAAAAAGGGCGCACUGAAGGGAUGGCUUCUGAAAUCAAUCGAGCCCAAGAUAGCUGUACUUAACAAACACCUGCACGAGAAAAAAUGGACACCUGAUUUCCUGGACAGAAUGCACAUCUUUUUGGACAAAGUCGCAGAGCUUGGAAUUGACAAAGUGCCCGCAGCACAUGUCUCGCCAGAGCAGCUGGAUGCUCUAAGAAAAGAGGGCGACUCGAUUUGUGCCACGCGUCCAGUUGGCACAGACAUUGAGAUAUGGAUGCCAGCUAUUUACAGUCUUCUGAAGGUUGCCUUGCACUGA